AUGGGCAACGGGCAUUCCUGGAACAACUGGGACUGGAAAGGCAGUCAACUCACUCCGCAUUACCUCGGGUCAUUGGUCACAAUCGAGUCAACUCUACUCACUGGUCUAUGGAAACUAGCCCCUCUGUCCCUUUCCUUCUUCUCAGCUAAGCAAUCGAAAUCGAAAGAUCAG